CUCUAAAGAAUUGUUUUAAACUAUUCAACUUUACUCAAUCGAUGUCUCAAUUAAAAUUAAAAAGCAUAAAAAAAUGACAAAUAAGUGGGCACUAACGUUGGCAGUCUUUAUUAAUUUCGGCUUGGGUGUAUCAGUUUUCAUCGCACCGGAUAAUAAUCAGUCAACAUAUAUUGGAUCAAUUCCUGGAUUGCUUAUUUUGAUUUCUUUAGCUGUGCUUUUUUCGGAAGUUCAAUUGAUUCCAGCCAGAUUCAAGCAAGAACACACAUGGAUAUUCUUCUUCCUUGAGCUUAUUUUGAGUCUUGUGGUGCUGGAAUUUUUCAUUGUCAAGGUGUGGACGAAAAUUGAAGGAUUAAUGUUCUCGAUGAUAAAAUUCCUUGUUGGACGUGGUAAUUUGUAUGAAGAAAUGGGAGGUAAUGGCUUUAUGUCAUUGCUAGUAUCCGGAAUAUCCUUAUCUUUCCUUCUAUAUGCUAUUGGUGCCACAAAUUCAACUGAGACAAUUAUCAGAAACAUCGCUGAAACAUACAACAAAAUUGACGGUCUCUAUAUGAGGAUUAAACAGUACUCGUCAAGCCAAAGACCUUCACAUUUAAACAUGGAACCUCAAGUGAUGUUUCAAGCUUGUAACAUGGAACCACAAGCCGCAAAAUGUGAACCAGCUCAAGUUUAUCACUGCAUACCAGUAUGCUCUCCUGUAACUCAGCCGUAUAAGAGAAACCCACAAUGUCCAGUUCAUGGUGAUCUUGAAAUUAAUCAUCAAGUUCCACAAACGCCUGGACGAUUGAAUAAACGCACCAAUUAAUUUGUAGCGGUUGAAAUAAAUUUAAAGUGAAAUAUUUUUGUAACGGA